CCAGCCGAUUUACACUUUAAGAUCUUCGCGGGAGUUUCUGGGUUCAUGUUCCCACGGACAUUGAGCGGACUUAAGGACUGGACUUAGCCACACAAGGGCUGAUUGAUCCUGCAGGCUGAGAUCUCGGAGAUAGCAAGGUAUAUAAUACAUGGCGCGCUGCUUGCAAACUGUCCUCAUACCCAGACGUCAAACAACUCCCGCUGACACUUCACAACAUGUCUGUCCCUGUUCAUCUCACAGCACUGAGUCCUCGCGAGGCUGUCACAGAUGCCUUGUACCGAGCUAUUUAUGGAGCCGACACCAAUGACUUGGACAUGUUUAACUCAGCCUUGACCCCAGAAAUCGAGUUCGACCUCGGAGGCAAGAUAAUGCAUGGCGCAGAGGAGGUCAGGGCUGAUAUCUUUGGGUUGAUCGGGCCCAUGGACACACUGCACGCCAUCAGCAACGUUCGCGUUCAUCUUACAGACGACCCGACCAAGGCCAGCCUCACGGCUUACGCAACUAAUCAGCACUGCAGACCUGGAGAGGGGCUCGAUACCGCCGCGCCCAAGUACACGGCAGGUGUCAUGUAUUUCAUGGAUCUCGUCAAGGAUGCUGGCGACGACUUGUGGAAAAUCCAAAAGUGGACGAUCAAGUUUUGCUGGGCACAGGGGGACCAAUCGGUCAUGAAGAGGGAGUGA